GGCCGCCAUGAUUUGUCACCAGGACCCGGAGUGGGGCUGAGGCCGCUCCUGGCCGAGGGUAGCGGCCUUCAGCCAGGGAAUAAAAGCAAAGAUCCUCAGACUCGGUUAUAAAAUACUUAAGAGCGAAAACGGGAUCCUGCGGAGCCGGGCCCUAAGAUGAGUCUAGAGUCCUUGUUCGAGCACAUCAUCUUCUCCGAGCAGCAGGCCGAGGAGAGUCGCCGCCUGAUGCGGGAAGUAAGGUCGGAAAUAAAUAGAUGUCGUGAAAAAGCGAAGAAGGCGACAGAGGAGCUGAAUGAAGCGAAAAUGCAGUUGGAAUCUAAGGUUCAGCAGUUUUCUGAAAAAGCCUUCCUCUUACAGCUUUUGAGAACUCAUGAAAAUGCCUUAAAAAGACAGUGCAGUGAAAUUACAAACCAAAGGAAUAUGCUUCUCCAAACUUUGGAUGCUACAAAGAAAAAAAUGACAGAGGAAGAGGAAAAAUUUAUUAAGGAAAUUACAGACUUCAAUAAUGAGUAUGACAUAACAAAGAAAAGAGAACUUUUGAUGAAACAAAAUGUCAAGAUUGAAAUAUCUGACUUAGAAAACCAGGCAAACAUUUUGAAAAAGGAAAUGAAGUCAAUGGAACAUGAAAGUGGCCAGUUAAAUGAACUUCAAAAAGAAAAGAGUGAAUUAAUAGAAGAAUUAUUUACUCUGCAGAAAAAACUUAAAGUUUUUGAAGAUAAAAAGAAUGAAGCCAUUUGUACUACCAAAUACCUAGAGGCAGAAAAAAUAAAAAUCAAUGAAAAGCCUCAAAAUGAUGCUGAAUGCUUAAGGCUUAAAAAAGAAUUAGAACUUUAUAAGGAAGAUGACAUGCAAAGUGUUUAUGAAGCUCUCCGAACAGAAAUAGAAUUUUUGGAGUUGACAUUGGCACAGAAAGAUUUUCAAGAAAACAAGUAACUUCUUAAGAAUUGAUCAGCUAUCUGAGAUUUGAUCAAACCAUUUUAAAAUUAAAACUUUUUGUGCUCUUAGCAGUGGAUAUUUGAAUGAUGCCCAUUACAACAGAUC